AUGUCAAGUAAGAAGAAACACAAACGAAAACACAGCGACAACGAUGAAGACGACGACGUUUUCUACUACCGCUACUGCGCUUCGUCCUCAACCCCCAACACCACCACCGGCACCACAUCCAGUAAUCAACCCCAAUCAAAACCGAACAACAAAGGAUCAUCAAUAGGAGGAACAGGUGAACCCUUAGCACCAUCAAAAUCGACGCUAUACGUUUCUAAUCUAGAUUACUCCCUAACAAACUCCGAUCUCCAUACGCUCUUCUCUACUUUCGGCCGCAUCGCGCGUGUAACCGUUCUCAAAGACCGUCACACGCGCCUAAGCCGCGGUGUCGCGUUUGUCCAAUUCGUUUCUCGUAAUGACGCCCAACGCGCCGUGGCGGAGAUGAAUAAGAAGAUUCUCAAUGGAAGGACUCUAACUGCUUCUAUUGCUGCUGAUAAUGGAUGUGCUCCGGAGUUUAUUCGGAAGCGCAUGUAUAAUACUGAGACUGCUUUGUGUUAUGAGUGUGGGGGGCAUGGUUAUUUGUCGGAUGGGGAGGAGGAAGGCGAUGAGGAGGAGGAGGAGGGUGGUCAGAUUGCUGCGGAGCAGUUUGACGAUAAUUGGGCUUCUAUUGUGGAUGAUGAAGCGGGUGAAAGGUUGUUGGGGAGAAACAGAAAUGAUGAUGAGGGUUUGGACAACAACAAGACGAAGAAGAAAGGGAAGAAAGCUGGGUAUUUCAGUGAUGAGAGUGAUCAUGAUGAUGAUGAUUGA